AUGAAGUCUUUCUCUCCUAGCCUCCUGCUGCUGGCCAGCGUGGCUCCGCUGGUCUCGGGCCACUACGUCUUCUCCAAGUUCCUGGUGGACGGCUCCGUGUCCCAGGACUUCGAGUACAUCCGCCGCAACAGCAACGGCUACAUGCCCACGCUGGCCGGCGACAUCCUCUCCAACGACUUCCGCUGCAACCAGGGCUCCAUGGACUCCGCUGCCUCCACCAAGGUCUACACCGUCGCCCCCGGCACCGAAAUCGGCUUCGGGCUCGCCUACGGCGCCUCCAUGAAGCACCCGGGCCCCCUGCAGGUCUACAUGUCCAAGGCCCCCGGCGACGUCAAGGAGUACGACGGCUCCGGCGACUGGUUCAAGGUGUACCAGGAGGGCGUGUGCAGCGACAUCUCCGACGGCCUCGUCGACACCGACUGGUGCACCUGGGGCAAGGACACCGUCAAGUUCAAAAUCCCCAGCGACAUGCCCCCGGGCCAGUACCUCGUCCGCGUCGAGCACAUCGGCCUGCACCGCGGCUUCUCCGGCAACUCCGAGUUCUACUUCACCUGCGCCCAGAUCGAGGUCACCGGUUCUGGCACCGGCACCCCCGCUGAGGUCGCCAAGAUCCCCGGCAUCUACAAGCCCGACGACGCCAACAUCCACUUCAACAUCUACUACCCGACGCCUACCGCCUACGAUCUCCCCGGCCCGUCCGUCUGGGUCGAGGGCAAGGGCGGCAGCGCGGCCCAGUCUAGCGCGCCUGCUCCGUCCGCUGUCGAGUCCGCGGCCUCUGAAGCCCCCGCUGUCACUUCUGCUGUGAAGGUCCCCGCCGAGAGCGAGACCACCGCCGCGCCGGCCCAGACCACCCUGGCAACCGCCUGCAAGCCCGCGGCGCCCGCUGAAACCACCGCUGCGUCGGAGGUUGCCAUCAACGCGCCCGCCGGCGCCAUCAAGAAGUACUUCCAGUGCGGUGGAAUGCACUGGAAAGGAUCGGGCGCCUGUGAGAGCGGCACGUCCUGCAAGCAGUGGAACCCUUACUACCACCAGUGCGUUUAG